UUUCCUGUUCUGGGCGUAUAAUUUCCCCUGGUUUAGGCUACUUUCUUUUUAUCGCCCUAAACUCAUGUAACUAUCAGCAACAGGUCAUUACCAUCAGGGCCAGUUCUGAGCCAGGAUUAAUCUUAACCAGGUACUGAAGCUGGGCAUCAACGGGUCCAUCCUGAAACACACCUCAUCUCUUCCUUCCACCUCCUUCCUCCUGCAUGCUCAUCCAGCAUGCUUCCUCUCAAGAUGUUGGGCUUCCUCACGCUCAUGUUUUCCCUGUGUGAUGCAGACAGUUUAUGCCCCACUGAUCUCAACCCUCUCACCCUGGAUCCCCCUGAGGUUAUAAAAGAAUAUAAAGAGUCAGUGUUGGUAAACUGCACCAGCACAGAGGAGGAUCAUGACGGGAUGUCCUGGACUGUUGGAAACACAGCCUCUACAACGGAACGUGACAAUAGUUAUAUCCAAGCGCUACUCUCAAACUGGACUGUAACGGCAGAGUGCAAAAUAAAGCUUAAUGACACUCAUGAAUGCAGCAAAGACCUUAAAAUCACUGUAUACAAGAAUCCAGAAAUGGUCAGCGUUUUUUCUACAGGGCAUCUACCUACAGUGGAAGGGGAAGGGACACCGUUCGAACUGCAGUGUGAUAUCGUCGAUGUUGCUCCUAUUCAAAACCUCACUGUGAGGUGGUACAAAAACAAUCAAGCCAUCAGGAACGACUCUUUCACCAACACGACCAAAACACCAGUAAGUGAGUCUUCUACGCUUGCAAUCAACAUCAGCAGAGAAGAUAACGGAGCUGAGUUUAGAUGUGAGGCUCAGCUGGACUUUGGGCCUCAUGGAUCACAACCUGUUACUUCUGACACAUACACAGUUACUGUGCGCUAUGCUCCUGAGCUCAAGAACAAAACGGAAGAUGUCUAUAUGUAUGGGUAUAAUGAUAUCACCCUGAACUGUGACGCUGAGGGGCAGCCUCCUCCCAACUUUCAUUGGACAUGUGAUGGGUUAAAUAUCUUGGAGAACACAAAUAAUCUCAACAUCCGUAGAGUAAUCACAAACACAACCUGCAACUGCACAGCUACCAACUAUCUGGGAAGCAUAAAUAAGCAAAUCCAUGUUCAUGUGAUACCUAGAGGUUGCCCCUUAGUAGUGACGCCUGCUGAAAUGGUGGUGAGAUUUGGAGAUCCAGCUUCAGUUAACUGCAGCACAGAUGAAGAUGUUCAACAAAUGGGCUGGGAGACACCAGUUGGAGCCACAUCAACUCCAGGUCCUGCUGUCAUCUGGAAAGUUGAAAAACUGGAAGACUGGCAGAUAACCCCUUUGUGUUACAUUAAGAUGAAAGAUAAUAACAAGUGUUCUAAGAAGCUAACCAUCACUCUUUAUAAGACUCCAGACAUUGUGUCAGUCUCUGCGUUGGGUGAUGGGCCGAUGGUGGAGGGCACAGAGUACCACUUGAAAUGUGACAUCAUCAAUGUGGCUCCUGUGCAGAAGCUCAAAGUGACGUGGUACCGCGACAAUGAAACUGUGCACACAGAAGUGUUUAGCGGGACCAGUAAGGUCCCAGUAAAUGUGUCCUCUACCUUAAGAGUGACUCCGGUGGGAGAUUACAACGGAGCACAUUUCAUAUGCAAGGCUGAUCUACAGCUUGGACCAAAUGGACCAGAGACCGACCCUACUGUAACCUCAUCUCCUUACGUGGCUGUUGUGCACUAUAAACCAGUGUUCAAAGCUUGUCCAGGCAGUUACGCUGGUUUGGAGCAUGAGUUCAGUAUGGACAAGUUGUCCUGUCUAGCUGAUGGGAACCCUCCACCCUCCAUUCUUAAGUGGAGGUUUGAGGGAAAUCUGAUCGAUGCAUCUGAGAACCUCACCAGGGCUCAAUCAGGGACGUACACAGCUGAAAUUGGAAAUGACCUUGGCAAUAGCACCACCCCUGUCGUUAUCACAAUCGAAUAUGGUGCUUCAUUUACUUGUGAAGAUCGCUACAAGGUUAAAGAGAAUGAGAAUGGUAAGCUCCCGUGUGUACCAGAGGGAAUACCUAAGCCUACCAUCACCUGGAGUAAAGAUGGAAAAGAGAUUGUUUCCCCACAGCGCUGGACAAAGCACGAUAGUGGAAAUUAUUCACUUACUGCAACCAACAAACAUGGGACAGCCAAUCACGUUCUACAUCUUGAAGUUUUGUACGCCCCUGUGUUCAAGAAGGGAACUAACAAUAUGGAGGUGAACCGGGGUGAAAAUGUAACUAUUGACUGCAGUGCUGAGGGCAACCCUGUCCCUGAGAUCCAUUUCAAAUACAGCCCUGCACUGAAUGUGAAAAACACCACCUGGGGGCGCCAGAAGAGAAUCAGCAUCACAGGAGCCACGUCAACCAAUGCUGGUGUUUACAGCUGUGUUGCCAUCAAUGAAGUUGGGAACGGGACACUAUCUGUCACGCUGACGAUUAAAGGUAAAACCAGUGCAGUCUUGUCAACAGCCAUUUGGUGGUUGCUAAUUAUAUUGAUCGGCACUCUCAUCUUCAUCAUCCUGGUCAUUGUCCACAACCGCUGCAAAAAACAUGGACAAUAUAGUUUUGUCCCUGACAAAGCCAAUGACGGUUCAGAACUCCCAAUGACUCCUCUGUCUAACGGGGUGCAAGCUUAGGGUACAUAUAACUUGCUCUAUGGGUAAGAUUAAUAUGUCAUUUGUUUUCUUGCAUGACAAGAAUGACCUGUAAAUAUUGUAUUUACAUUUUUACUUUGGUAUGGUACGAUUCUACUACAAUGAAUAAUAAUGACAAGUCUUGUUUUCCAAGAAGUGCUACUGACAAAGCAGGUGUAUUAUAACAUGAAUUUGUCUUUGUGGGGCAUUACAUUCUAACCUAUGUUUUUUUUUUAAUUCUUAAUAAAGUUACACAAUAGCCUA